GGAAGACGAACUACACUUCUCACGCCAGCACCGUGCUCGCUACAUCACUCACAGUCGGGAGCGCGACGUCAUCAGUUUCUUAGACAAUGCGUCUGAUGAACAAGACAAAGACUUCCAGAAGCCUACCCAUAAACACAGUCGCGGAUUGGCUGUUGAACUACUUCGUCCUAAAGGACAGCCACAGCGAGCUCGAAUUCUCAAACAGUACAAACGACCUGAUAGACGGCUUGCUGAUAGGCGUGGAUCUAUGCGUCUACCCAACAACAAUGUAUUGAUGACAUGGACAGAUGCUGGUUAUCUCUCGGAGCAUACCGACGAUGACAAAGUUCUGAUGGAAGCCCGGUUCUUGAAUGAGACCCGACUUGCCACUUAUCGAGUCUACAAGUCCACGAACUGGGUAGGUACGCCGAAGCAACCCCCUGACAUCAAGGCCAUCGGUUAUGGUAUAGGUGCAAAUAGUAUGACGGCCAUCUAUGUUUCGUGGAACGGUGCUACGGAGCAUAAUAUAAAAUUAUUCUCUGGAGACAAGUUUAUCGGCCAGACCAAUAGAACCGGAUUCGAGACGGUGUUUGUGACUGACUUCCAUGCCAUAACGGUUCGUGCUGCGGCGUACGAUGUCAAUGGGAAGUUUCUAGGAAGAUCAAAUGAUGUUCCGGUUGAAUACGCGAAUGGUUGGGUACCCGAGCCAACCGAUUUACUACAUACAGAGCCUUUGCAACUCUCUGAAGACGUGGGGAACAUGAUUCCAGGACCUUUCGAUCAAUCAGCACCCAUUGACGACGUUGGAUUACCGGACAUUCAGAUACCACCAGUGAACGCUAUACAGCCAAGUGACCCUGCGUCUGGGGUAGGAAACAAGAUAGCAGACCUCCCAACACCUACAGUCCAGUAUACGAAGCCCACAACACCUAAUCAGAUGCCUACCAUGUCUCCCACAUCUGUUAGAUCUGAAAAGUGGAUAUAAUUAUCCGACAGAAGUCGUGAUCAAUCAACCCAUUGAAACGAAUAACGGUAACGACAAUGUCCCUGCAAUGGCCGUUGCUUCAGAGACUAGUUCACUCUACAUCACCAUCCUAGGAAUCUCUUGUGCUAUAGGGUAUUUCGUGAUUCUAAAAAUUAUCUAUAGAUAGGCUAGGGGUCUUAUGGCCUCACAAUUUGGCUAUUCGGGGGGAUAUGCCAAGAUUCCUGCAUGAAACCGUCGACACACUUUGCAUCAGAUAUCAUAACCACAGUCACGUGGAUGAUGAUACAGAAACUUCAUUUCAUGAAUAUAGAGGCGGA